AUGAGCACCAUGGCCAUCAGUGAUAGCACCACGCGGCUAGAGGCGACUCUGCUAGCAUUCAAAAAGGUCAUCGACUCAUACACAACCCCCCACGGCACGACGCUCUCCCGACACUUCACCUCGCACGUCCUCAACCCGCAAAUCGUCUACCUCACGGCAUGCCGCCCCAUGUGCUUCUCGAUGGGCAACGCCAUCCGCUGGCUCAAGCUGCAGAUCAGCAAGAUCGACAUCGACAUGGCCGACUCGGACGCUAAGAAGCUGCUGUGCGAGGCCAUUGACAGCUUCAUCCACGAGCGCAUCACGCUCGCCGACGUCGUCAUCGUCAGCACCGCCGCCGACAUGAUCUCCCCCGACGGCGGCGACGUCAUCCUCACCUACGCCCACCACCACCUCGUCGAGCGCGCCCUGCUGCGCGCCGCCGCCGACGGCAAGCGCUUCAAGGUCAUCCUCGUCGACGACCCCUUUGAGCGCGCCGGCCUCGCGCUCGCAAAGACGCUCGCCGCCGCCGGCGUCCCCGUCGCGUACGCGCCCGACCUCGGCGCCCUGCGCACCAACCUCCAGGAGGCCACCACGGUGCUCGUCGCCGCCGAGGGCAUGUUCAGCAACGGCGCCAUGUACGCCCGCGCCGGCACCUGCGACGUCGCCACCGCCGCCUUCGACCUCGGCAUGCGCGUCACCGCGCUGUGCGAGACCAUCAACUUCACCGAGCGCGUGUCCAUCGACUCGCUCACCUACAACGAGAUUGAUCCCGAGCGCAACACGGACGAGGAGUUUCGGCUGCUGUUUGACACGACGAGGGACAAGUCCAUUUCGGCCGUCGUCACGGAGCUGGGCAUCUGCUCGGCCAAGUCGGUGCCUGCGAUUCUGCGGAAGCUGGAGGAGCUGUAG